AUGCUCUUCAACUACGGAAGAGAACAGAUAACGAGGAAGCGACAACAGGUCUUCUUUCCAAAUUUAGGGAAGUAUAAGGAGGCCGAGCAGAUACAUCGGCAGGCGCUGCAGCUAAGGGAGAAGGUGUUGGGCAAGGAGCAUCCCGACACGCUCAGUAGCAUGAACAACCUUGCGAGUGUGCUUGAUAGCCAGGGGAAGUAUGAGAAGGCCGAGCAGAUGCAUCGGCAGGCGCUGCAGCUAAGGGAGAAGGUGUUGGGCAAGGAGCAUCCCGACACGCUCAGUAGCAUGAACAACCUUGCGCUUGUGCUUCGUAGCCAGGGGAAGUAUGAGGAGGCCGAGCAGAUACAUCGGCAGGAGCUCCAGCUAUCUGAGAAGGUGUUGGGCAAGGAGCAUCCCGACACGCUCGGUAGCAUGAACAACCUUGCGGUUGUGCUUGAUAGCCAGGGGAAGUAUGAGGAGGCCGAGCAGAUGCAUCGGCAGGCGCUGCAGCUAAGGGAGAAGGUGUUGGGCAAGGAGCAUCCCGACACGCUCAGUAGCAUGAACAACCUUGCGCUUGUGCUUGAUAGCCAGGGGAAGUAUGAGGAGGCCGAGCAGAUACAUCGGCAGGAGCUCCAGCUAUCUGAGAAGGUGUUGGGCAAGGAGCAUCCCUCCACGCUCAGUAGCAUGAGCAACCUUGCGGUUGUGCUUCGUAGCCAAGGGAAGUAUGAGGAGGCCGAGCAGAUACAUCGGCAGGCGCUGCAGCUAAGGGAGAAGGUGUUGGGCAAGGAGCAUCCCGACACGCUUGGUAGCAUGAACAACCUUGCGGUUGUGCUUGAUAGCCAGGGGAAGUAUGAGGAGGCCGAGCAGAUGCAUCGGCAGGCGCUGCAGCUAAGGGAGAAGGUGUUGGGCAAGGAGCAUCCCGACACGCUUGGUAGCAUGAACAACCUUGCGGUUGUGCUUGAUAGCCAGAGGAAGUAUGAGGGGGCCGAGCAGAUACAUCGGCAGGCGCUGCAGCUAUCUGAGAAGGUGUUGGGCAAGGAGCAUCCCUCCACGCUCAGUAGCAUGAGCAACCUUGCGAGUGUGCUUCGUAGCCAGGGGAAGUAUGAGGAGGCAGAGCAGAUGCAUCGGCAGGCGCUGCAGCUAAGGGAGAAGGUGUCGGAGAUCAGAUGA